AGCACUAGCUGACAACAGCCACCCCUUCCCGAGGACCAGAGGCUGCCUGGUGGAGCUCUCGCCCUUGCCGGACUUCAGCACCCUGGACAGCUCCCACAAAGCCCCAAGGACAGCCCUGCCAGAAGGAGAUAGCCAAGGAAGCACUGAGAUGGAAGCCAGAAGCAAGCCUCAGUUCCUGGCCCUCCUGGCACUCUUCAGUGUGCUGUUCUCCCACUCACUGGCCUGGCCUCUCUUUGGAGCACCUUCUGCAGUCAGGUUGGAUGACAGGGUGCAGUUUGAAGGAGCAGGUGACCCUGACCAAGUAUCAUUAAAAGCAGACACUGACAUUUUGCAGAAUGCCUUAGCAGAAAAUGACACACCCUACUAUGAUGUGUCCAGAAAUGCCAGGCAUGCUGACGGAGUUUUCACCAGCGACUACAGUAAACUUCUGGGUCAGAUUUCUGCCAAAAAAUACCUUGAGUCACUCAUUGGCAAACGAAUCAGCAGUAACAUCUCAGAAGACCCCGUGCCAAUCAAACGGCACUCUGACGCAGUCUUCACCGAUAACUACACCCGCCUUAGGAAGCAAAUGGCCGUGAAGAAGUACUUGAACUCCAUUCUGAAUGGAAAGAGGAGCAGCGAGGGAGACUCUCCAGAUUUCCUUGACGAGCUAGAGAAAUAAUGAACAGGCUCCUCCGAGCAGAGCUGAAGAUCAGAGAAUUCUUGAAGGAAAACAACCAAGUGAUUACAUUAUGAGUUCUACAUAUCUAAUUCAAGAAAACAACUUCCAUAGCCAAACCAAAUAAAAUGUGUUGUGAAUAUUGUGAUUUCCUUUAUGUAAUAACUGUGAUGUUUACAUUGUAAAUAUUAUUUGAGCACUCUAAAAUUCAUCUUUAACUCAUGAAAGGCUUGUAAUUUCAUAUGUUAUAUAUUCUUUCAAAGAAAAAUAUAUUUAAUGAUAAGUAGACACUAGGUUAAUUCUAACUAUCUGAAGCUUUCUGCAAGGGUAGCAAUAGAGGAAAAUUGAUAUGUUUAUUUAUAGCACGUAGUUAAGCAUUCAAAAAAGCAGAACAGAUAAUCAGUGUGACUAAGUCUGAAUGUUAAACAGAGAGGCUGCUGUGUUAAAUAAAACAUCGAAGGGAAACAACAAAGAGGAUUUAAAAAAUAGACUUGUCAGUACGAUUUUCAGAAUUGUGUUUUUCCAGUGAUAGGAACACCAUCUCUCGUGGAUUCAUCUCUCUGAUGAGGAUUUGCAAUCCCCAAAGGCUUCUUCAGAGAUGCUUCUGUUAAAAAAAACCCAACUUCAGACCUGAAGCUUCCCCUUUCUGCUUGUGUUAUGGGUGUGUAAACUAGAAACUGAAUGGAGUAUUUGAUUUCCAGUAAUAAAUAAUUUUCCACAAUCACUCCAAUAAUAUGUUGUCUUGUUGGCUUCCUUUGCUGAAACUACAUUUCUAGACACAACUAUUUUUCCAAUGUGAUGUAUGAAAUUAAA